UUGGCGUAUAUAUACAUAUUUUGACGUCCGCCUACAGCAUUCGUAUCAUAUCGAGUAAUCUGUGCAGUGCAUGUGAUGAUUGUCAAAGCUUUUACGUUAUUAAUCCUCGUGCCGUACGCAAUCGGUGAAUUGUGUGUCAACUACGAUUUUGAACAAGGUUUCUAUGAAUUGUUUAGUGACAAUGGCGUUUGUAGUAAUUUCCCGCUCUGGUUUAUCGGUAAAUAUAAGGAUCUAAAUAUGAUCGGAGAUAGAGGGAGCUCAACUUUCAUCACACCCAGUUCUCAAUGGUCUCCAAGUUGUGCGUCGUCAUUCGUGUUCUCAAUGAAAUCAGGUGGUACCAUUGAAGUGGACAUUUAUAUGGAACGGUCUGAUGUCAGUGAUCAGAUUCAGGUGUUCGUCAGCCAAAUGUUGCCUGAUGGUGGCUCCUUUGUGAGAGCAAAAGCUGAGACUGGGGUUUCAGGAUACUCCCCGAAUGGAUGGCAAACUUUGAAGAUCACCUUAAAUGGUACAACAGACAGUUAUGAAGGAUUUAUAUCCAUAGUGGGGAGAGCAGCUGCAGAAUCAGUGGUACUAGUAGACGCUUUCCGAUACACACCGCCAAACGUAGACGACACAUUUUGCCAGGAUCCAAAGAACGUCUUAAAUCCAUUGGGCAACGUGAACAGAAAUAUAAUCUUCUAUAAAAGACCCACGAGAACUACUCGAAGAACUACGACGACGAGGAGGACCACCACGACUAAACGGACCACAACGACUAAACGGACAACAGUGACAAUAAGGACUACAACGACAACAAAUGAAACUACCAUAAAUGAUACAACUACUAGACCAAUCUAUAGUUCUACGUUACCCACUGUUACUGGUCGACCUCCCGCCAUUGUUACCGAUAGACCUACCUCAAGAGCAAAUAACGUAGCCCCUAUAAUGACUAUUCUUUUAUCUCUCACUGUACUAUCAGCGUUAUACCAAUUAUCCAGCUGACGCUCAACUACUGAAAAAGUACUCAAAAUAAGUUGUAGAUCUAAGUAUCAAGCUAUAUGGUCUUAUUAUCAAGCUAUUUAAUAUGUUACAUUAUAGUGGCACUAAGUGCCGUAAUGUGCACCUCUGCCUACCCCUUUGGGAAUAAAAGGCGUGAUGUUAUGUAUGUUAUAAUCUGUUUAAAAACUUUAAAGAUUUUAACUUUAUGUAAGCAACCUAGUCAAUCUGGAGCCUUGCACUCAUGAUGUAAUAUGGUAUGGCAUUAAUAGAAAGAUUAAUGCUGGUCUCAUGUAAUAGGUAAUAAGCCUAUUUGCAUUGAAGACUGACCUAUAUCCAUACCCGGACUUUUAAAUGAACCCUAAGACUUCGUGCUAGCAAUCGUACUUACGAUCACUAAGCUAACGCAGUAUUUGAGGUAGGACAUAAGACAGUGGGUAAUCAUCAGCUAUAGCCCAAUUUCAUUGAGCGCUUGUCUACAUGUAGAAUAGAAAACCAAAUUAUAAUUAGGGAAUUGACGUAAAUUUUGACACUUGUCAGUAUACAUUUUGAUUUCUACUCUCUCUGUAGACAAGCGCUAAAGUGGCUAAAAGCCCAUUUAUGAUAUUGUGCAAUAUCAUGCAACUAAAUAUUCCGAAUUCAUAUAAUAACAUGUACCUAAUGUGAAAUGUGAUAACUAUAUUCCAUGACAUAGGAAUGUAACUAUUAAUACAAAAUAUGUACAUAAUUUAAGAAAAUAAAAUUGUAAUAAUGAA